CCGCACCGAGUUGAAAGUUCCGGUUCUGAGCUCGCAGCCAGACCCCGAGAGGUCGAAGAGGGCAACGUCUGCCUUCUGUUGAUUCGCGUCUUUGGUACCAGCCCGUGGACGCCAGGGCAGGCGUGCGGGUGAGCGCGAGCGUCCUUGCAGGUCGGUGCGGCGGGAUCCAGCCUCGGCGGGCGCCCAGACCAGGCAUCUCUACCCCCGCAGGCGCUCGCCCUCCCGCCUCACCUCUGCCAGCCCCGCCGUCGACGAUGCGGCUGCUCGGGAAGCUGCGCCCCUCGGCUCCGGAGCCCGCUUGCUCCAACGUGCUCACCCCGGGCCGCAUCCCCGAGUUCUGCAUCCCACCGCGGCUGCCCCCACCCACCCCGCCCGAGCCACCGCUGCCUGCAGGGGUGCUGCCACGCCGCUGCGCCGCCGAACCGGACCUGUGGCCGAGCGCCACCGACUGGGACCCGCGCUCGCAGGCCGCGCUCUCGCUCUCGCACCUGCCCCGCGCGCGCACCGCCUACGGCUUCUGCACGCUGCUCGAGAGCCCGCACACGCGCCGCAAGGAGUCGCUCUUGCUCGGGGACCCCCUCUACACUGGAGUGGGGCUCAAAGAAAAGAUUGCCCCCUGGGGCUAG